CUGUUUCUCUUCACUACAUCUAUAAAUAUAUAUUUUUAAGAAAAUGUGAGUAGUGUUUGCUCAUUGUCUCUAUGAUGCUAGAAUAUAGUGGGUGGUUGCCAGGUUGUUUCUAUAUGAUUGCUAAGGUGUCCUAUGCGCUUUUUAAAGGGUUGGAAUGCAGUCACAAGAAUAUUCUGGGUGGAUGUUAGGGUGUCAAGGGGUUUGCUCAAAAAAGGAACAGAGAGAGAAUAGGAUGAAGACAGGCCGAGAGACUGAGAGGAUGAGCACAUCAGCCAGAGGGAGGAUAUUAUAGACAAGAGCGAGCGAGAGAGGACAGAAGAACGGGACAGGGCAGAGGAGGAGCUGCCAGCUAUCUGAGGCUGCUUUGGACACAACUCGACUAUAUGCUCACUGAACCAGAUUUUAAACUUUUAAAGACCUUGGAGAACAAAAGGGAUGCUCAGAUCUGAGGGACACACAUGUUUCUUCUGCAUGAUGAAGUGAUGAGACGACCAAAAUCGAGGCAAAAGAGGCAUGUGACUGGCUGAGGGCGGCGGGAUUCCCACAGUAUGCCCAACUUUAUGAGGAUUCCCAGUUUCCCAUUGAAAUAUCUGCUGUCAAGAGGGACCAUGACUUUCUCGACAAAGACCUUGUGGAGCCUCUUUGCCGUCGACUCAACACUCUGAACAAGUGUGCCUCCAUGAAACUGGACGUGAGCCUCCCGAAGAAGAAGAGUGAGGACUCUGAUGAGGAGUACCUAUUGGCCAUCAGUAAUAGAUGGACGUUUGAGUGGAACAGUCGGCGCUGGUCACGUCUGCAAGACAUCGAUUACCUCCUGGGUAGAGCAGAGGAGCAGAGCCCCUCUGAGGCGGCUGAGGGUCUGCGGACCACUGUGAGCAGUGAGAGCAUUCUGACAGACCUCAGCGAGCCAGAGAUCUGCUCCAUGCACAGUGAAGACUCUUUGGCUGCCAUGCCUGACUCUGCCUCGCUCACCCUACUGCACUUGCCCAGAGAGCUGCCUCAUUACGGUUCACUUCCUGCCAAGUGCAGACGACGUGGACGCAAACGCGCCAAAGACAUCCUGAGGAGGAUGGAAACACUGGGUCGCACGUGGGGACCAUCCAUGGGUCGCUCAGAGCGGCGCUCUUUGGUUAUUAGCGGCCCAGUUCUGCAAAGCGAGCCAGAGGCACUAAAGACUCUACGAUGUGUUCAGAUUUUCAAUGGCGGGCCUCUAAAUGCUGAAAACAUGCCAUCAGCUAACAAAUGCCAAAAUUCACUGGCCAGCAGUGAGGCUAGCAGCCAAUCUGAGACCAGCGGUAGUGCUGAAAGCACGCCGAACAUGAAGGGAAGUGUCUCAAAGUUGUAUCCUCCUGGUAAACGUGCAGGCAUCUACCUAGAAGACAUCGAUGUUCUUGCCGGCGCUCCCCAGAGGAGAAGACCAGUUGAACGGAGCCACAAAAAUGACUUCUGCUCCUAUGAUGAGCUAUUGGUGCACAUCCCAAAAGAUCACAAACCUGGUACCUUCCCUAAAGCACUGUCAAUCGAGAGUCUGACGCCAGCCAGUAAGGACCACGGAAACUGGAAGGUUCUGAAUUCAGAGCCGCAGCCAUUCAAGUGCAGGAAAUUUGGUUGGAGAGAACUCCGGCCUGCGACACGCUGCUGCCUACGAGGCAGCAGGAUCAGUGUAUACGAUAACGUACCCGGCUCUCACCUGUACGCGAGCACGGGGGACUUAUCGGACCUUGAGAAGGAGGAUAUAUUCCCACAUUUGGAUGAUAUUUUGCAGCAUGUAAAUGGCCUGCAGCAGAUCGUGGACCACUGGUCCAAAAAUGUCUUGCCGGAGAGUGAAGGGGAGGGGGAUGGCAGCAGGGGGCGGGAGCAGAAGAUUAUUGACGGCCAGUCUUCCAGUCAGAUCACACUGGACUUUGACGGGACUUCUGUAAUUAAAGAGUUGACCACAUCGAACGCCGGCAACAAGGACAGGCUUUCAUUAAAUGAGACGGAUACCUCCAGCACCAGAGAGAGGAGGGACUCAGGGGUAGGGGCUUCCCUGACACGACCACGCCUUAGAUGGCCCAGCUUCAGGAUGUCAAACCUCCUCGGCCAGUCAGGAAUGUCGCUACAGAUAUCCAGUCAAUCAGUGGGCCAGCUUAGCUUGCUGCAGAAGUUUUCUUUAUUGCGUCUCACUGCUAUUAUGGAGAAAUACUCCAUGUCCAACAAGCAUGGGUGGACUUGGUCAGUGCCAAAAUUUAUGAAGAGAAUGAAGGGACCAGACUACAAGGAUAAGAUGGUAUUCGGUGUUCCUCUGAUUGUCCAUGUUCAGCGGUAUGGACACCCUCUGCCCAUAAGCUUACAGCUCGCCCUGCGCUUUUUAAGGAGCCAGUGUUUGGACCAGGUGGGACUUUUCCGUAAAUCUGGUGUAAAGUCUCGUAUUCAGGCUCUGCGGCAAAUGUGUGAAUCCUCCCCACAGAAUGUGAACUACGAGGAUCAGUCAGCAUAUGAUGUGGCAGACCUGGUCAAACAGUUCUUCAGAGACUUGCCUGAACCUCUCCUCACGAGCAAAAUGGGCGAGACCUUCCUCCACAUAUACAUGUAUGUCCCUAAAGAGCAACGCUUACAGGCGGUGCAGGCAGCUAUCAUGUUAAUGGCUGAUGAAAACCGUGAGGUCUUGCAGACGCUGCUGUGCUUCCUAAAUGAUGUCACUUCCUCUGUUGAGGAGAACCAGAUGACCCCAAUGAACCUGGCGGUGUGCCUCGCUCCUUCUCUCUUCCACCUCAACAUCAUGAAGAAUGAUAACCUGUCGCCUAGGUCUAUUCAGAGGAAGUAUGCCACUGGAUGGCCAGACCAAAAGGACCUGAAUGAGAACCUUGCGGCCACUCAGGGGCUCGCGCACAUGAUUGCUGAGUGCAAUCACCUAUUCGAGAUUCCUCAGGAGAUGGUCUCUCAGUCCAGGAACUCAUACAUGGAAGCUGAGCUGCUGGCGCUCUCUUUGGACGAGUUCUGUAAAAAACAGCCUCAACAGGAUGAGGAAGACGAAGAAGAGGAGGAAGGCACAUGUCGCUCUUAUCUGGAGAGCUUGAUACAGAAUCUGAUGAAAGAGACCAAAGACAAGACCAAGGGAUGGGUGACCAGAUCAAAUGUUGACAAUACAGAGAUAUCAUUCAAAAAGGUGGGAGACGGGACCCCUUUGAGACGCUGGCGUGUGUCUGUAGAGGUGGAGGCUCCUCCAUCUGUGGUGCUUAAUCGCAUACUGCGAGAGCGCCACCUGUGGGACACUAACCUGCUACAGUGGAAGGUUCUAGAAACUCUGGACAAGCAGACAGAGGUGUACCAAUAUGAGCUGAACACCAUGGCCCCUCACCCAAACAGAGACUUUGUGGUGCUUAGGCGAGUACAACAACAUGAUCUGAUUCUGUGUAUUGUUUACUGUUCAAGCCAUGUGUCCUGGGUAGCAUGUUUGAGGCCAUUAGCAAAUAUCUAAAUCAACUGAUUACACCAUUAUGGCUGUAACAAAACAUGCGCUGCAUCUGUAACAAGUGCUUUUUGUGCGUCAUUAAGUUCUUGUGAUUCUCUGAACACCGAGGUCGUAAAAAGGUCCCACAUACCCCUGUUGAACAGCUGGGCAUGUUACUGAAAGACACUCACAAAUCUCUCUGAGCAUACUUCUCUGUGUUAGUUCACGAUAAAACGCUUUCAGCUAAGCAAAUUAGACCACCCGGGUUAUACCCAAAAUAUCACUGUAAGACUACAGCUUACCAUCACUUGACAAAUACGCAGCUGUGAGGUACAAACAGUAAUAUGAUCGAUGGAAAACAUUCAGCUGGAAUAUUGCAUGUUAUUUGAUAAUUAAUCAAAUUUGCACUUGGCUGACUGACUGACUGACACUUACAGUACAUCUCUUGUCUGUGUAGGGGAUGGCAGAUGCUCUCUCAGAUCAGUCUGUUUGCUGUGAUUUAUAUUGGUGGUGUUUUCUUUUCUGUUUAGGACGUGGAGGACAGAAAUGCCAAAAGGAGUGUGUGUGCUGGUGUCUGUGUCGAUUGAACAUGAGGAAAGCCCACAGCUGGCCGGAGUGAGAGGAAUAAUUCUAGAAUCACAGUAUAUGCUUGAACCGUGUGGCUCUGGGAAGUCUAGAGUCACACAUAUAUGCAGAGCUGAUCUGAAAGGAAAGUCUCCAGAGUGGUACAACAAAGCUUUCGCCCAUCUCUGUGCUAGCGAGGCGGCCUGCAUCCGCAACUCCUUCCUGUCUCUGGAUCCCGAGGGCCCAGAGACCAAAAUCUGAACAUGGCUACAUGGAGUCAGGCAUGAGGGAACUGGGAUAUUGUUAAACGUCAGGGCAGAUGGUCACAGAAAACGAACUUUGGCGAAGAAAAAGGAGGGAUUCAAGAGAGAAGAAAAUAGAUUUCAAGCCCCUAAACAACAACAAGCCGCCAUAUCCUGUUGGUUUAAUAGACCGUGGAUCAUUGGGAUUCAUAUAAGAGUUUUUUACCCCUUAUAGGGCAUAUGAUUUAGUUUAUUUUAUAUACAUUUAUGCAGCUGUUUAAAACUGCAACUUUUGAAAUGGCUAUUGUUGUGUGUUUUGGGGCAUAUAACGAGAGAUAAGAAAAGAUGGACAGAGAAAGUGACAGAGACAGACUCCACUGUAGCUAUGAAGCCAUGCCUGUAAAAAAGUCAUAACGCUGCUUCCUGUUGUCUAGUCUUUACACCUUUAACUAGCAUCUUUAGAGCUUCGCUAACAACAAACAGAUGUGAAUGACAAGCCACCUCAACGCUAAUCUAAAAACAGAAGGUCUGGUUUCAUUUUAUCAAGUACUUCAAGCUAAAGUACUGCAUUCUCAAACCAAAUAUAGGUACGUUAUUAUUUAAAACUGCGACUGUAUUUUUAAACUAGGGUUGUACCCUGGUGAUGUAUUGAUGUGAAGUAUCUCUAAGUACAUAUUAUUUCUAAAUUCUGUUUUAAGAAAUGUUUUGUCAUUACAAUAUUCAUUGAUUUCAUUGUCCCAGGUAAGCAAUAAUGUAUUAUCAUAAUAAAUGGAAUAGUAUUUUGUGCUCUUAACCAUGCAAAAUGAAUUAGUUAAGAUUCAAAAUCAAACAAUAUUGUAAAUAAUUUAGAAAAUGCCAAUGAUUGUUUCAAGUAUGCAUUAUUAUUAUUAUUUUUAUUGUCAUUGUUAUUACACACUCUACAAUGUCUAGGACAUGAAUUAAUUUCACUGCUUCUGAGAAGCAUGUCUUAUAUUCACAAAGCUUUACAGUUAGGUGUGCUUGUGUGUAAAUGUGUGUAGAUACAAUUCAGGCUGUAUAUUUUGUAGAUAAAUGAGGAUUAUUGGCAGGUUUAUCUGCUUUAAUGCUCAGAUGUUGUUGUUGUUGUUGUUGUUGUUGUUUUCCCUCAUAUCAGUAUUUUGCUUGAAUUACCAUUACAAGCUGGUUAAAUCAGCUAGCUUUUUCAGUGCUGUUUAAAUGGAACAGUGUAUUUGGGCUCGACUUGAGCUCAGUGAAGGCAAAUGUCUGUUUUUAAACAGUAAACAGGGUUAUUCAAGUUCUAAACAUUUGGAAAUGUGGAAAAUAAAAACUAAUUGCA